AUGAAGUUCUCUGCCCUUCUCGCUAUCGCCCCUCUGGUGGCUGCCCUCCCCGGCUCCCAUAGCAAGAACUCCGAUGCUCCCUUCAGCGUCAUCUCUGCUCGCUCCGCUUCACCCAUUCACUUGCUGCCAUUGAAUGCCGCGGGCAGCUAUUUUUGGCUCGGUGGUAAUGCCCACAGUUACUCUCCCGUUCCUGGUGUCCCUGAGACCAACCAGACUGUGAUUGCUGGAGGCCAUUUCCUGGAUGUCAAGGUUCCCGGUGGUCAAGCCAUCUACGUGGAUCCUAAGGGUGCUCUGCGCUUCACCACUCCCCAUUCCGCUUACGAGCCCGCCGGCGCUUCUGAUGGCCCCUUCGCAUACAAACCCGGCGCCUCUUUCGGUCACUGGAGCUAUAGUGGCCAGGGAGCCUCUGGCUUCAUGGCCUGUCCUACUACCAAUGGCACUUCCGGAUACCGUCGUUCCCGUCGGGGCGCUGCUGCCGCCCCAAAGUGGCAGGUUUAUGCUGCUUUGCAGAAUGCCACGGUCCCCUCUGGUAAAGUCAAUGACUGCCUCGGCUUCGAUGCUCUGGCUGUUUCUGUCAACUCCACUGCGCCUGCUGCUUGGGAGUAUAUCUGA